GGGGAAACCUCGGGUCGCCAAUCACGGAGCGGAGGAGAGGCGGGCGCUCGGCUCCGGCGCGCUGGGGGAGCCAGCUGGCGCUGCUCUGUGCGAGCCGCACACAAUCACUCUGAUACCGACAAGCGCCCAGACCCGCGAGCAUCACCGACAGAGUUUCAUAGCCACGGGCGCUGCAGACCCGGCUUUGGGAGCCCCCUACACCCCAAAGCACCUCAGGCCCGCGAGGCUAGAGCAGGGAGGAGGCUUGCAGUCUCUCGUGCUGCCAUGUGAGCGGCGGCGGCCACUUGCACCUGGCGCCACACCUGGGGCUCCGCUGCCCGCGGGGGACAAUGCGCGCCUGCCACAGUCACCGCGUCCGCACCUGACCAUGGAGUGCGCCCUCCUGUGCCUGUGCGCCCUCCGGGCCGCCGGUCCCGGGCCGCCGUGGGGCCCCGCGGGACUGGGGCGUCUGGCCAAGGCAGGUGCCACCACCAAGGGGCGCGCCGCACAACGGGGACGAGGGAGGCGCCCGCCCCGCGACGCUGCUCACGCGGCGGUGUCACCCUUUUCUUUCUUGCAGGCGCUCCAGCUGUGCUGCUUCUGCUGUGCUUCGGUGGCCGUCGCCUUAGCCAGUGACAGCGGCAGCAGCGGUGGCAGCGGAUUAAAUGAUGAUUACGUCUUUGUCGUGCCAGUAGAAGUGGACUCGGGCGGGUCAUAUAUUUCACACGACAUUUUGCACCACAGGAAAAGGCGAUCGGCACACGGUGCCAGCAACUCCCUGCACUACCAACUUUCAGCAUUUGGACAGGAUCUACAUUUAGAGCUUAAGCCCUCGGCGAUCUUGAGCAGUCACUUUAGAGUCCAGGUACUUGGAAAGGACGGUGCUUCAGAGACUCGGGAGCCUGAGGUACUGCAGUGUUUGUAUCAGGGAUUUAUCAGAAAUGACAGCUCGUCCUCUGUGGCUGUGUCUACAUGUGCCGGCUUGUCAGGUCUGAUAAGGACCCGAGACAAUGAAUUCCUCAUCUCACCGCUACCUCAGCUGCUGGCCCAGGAACACAACUACAGCUCGCCUGCGGGCCACCAUCCUCACGUCCUGUACAAAAGGACAGCAGAGAAGAGGGUCAGAUGGUACCAAGACUACCCUGGCUCCCAGCGGACAUAUCCUGGUCACUCCCCAAGUCACACUCCCCCUGCCUCCCAGAGCCAAGAGCCAGAGUACAGCCAUCGAAGGUGGCAAAAGCGGCAUUUUUGUGGACGACGCAAGAAAUGUAUAUGCCCCCAAGCCUCCUGCGGAGGACGCCUAUCUACGCUUUGACGAAUAUGGAGGCACAGGGAGGCCCAGAAGGUCAGCUGGAAAGUCACAAAAUGGUCUCAAUGUGGAGACCCUUGUGGUGGCAGAUGCAAAGAUGGUGGAGAAGCAUGGCAAGGAUGACGUCACCACGUACAUUCUCACAGUCAUGAACAUGGUUUCUAGCCUGUUCAAAGAUGGGACCAUUGGAAGCGACAUAAACAUUGUGGUUGUGAGCCUAAUUCUGCUGGAAGAAGAACCUGGAGGACUGCUGAUCAAUCACCAUGCAGACCAGUCUCUAAACAGCUUCUGUCAGUGGCAGUCAGCUCUUGUGGGAAAGAAUGGCAAGAGACACGACCACGCCAUCCUCCUCACAGGAUUUGACAUUUGUUCCUGGAAGAACGAACCAUGUGACACACUAGGAUUUGCUCCUAUCAGUGGCAUGUGCAGUAAGUACCGAAGCUGUACCAUCAAUGAAGACACAGGACUUGGCCUGGCCUUCACCAUUGCGCAUGAGUCAGGACACAACUUUGGCAUGGUUCAUGAUGGUGAAGGCAACCCCUGCAGGAAAGCAGAAGGCAACAUCAUGUCACCCACACUGACUGGAAACAAUGGGGUGUUUUCAUGGUCGUCCUGCAGCCGACAGUAUCUAAAGAAAUUCCUCAGUACACCGCAGGCUGGCUGUCUGGUGGAUGAGCCCAAGCAAACGGGACAGUAUAAAUAUCCGGACAAACUCCCGGGACAGAUUUAUGAUGCCGACAUGCAAUGUAAGUGGCAAUUUGGAGCCAAAGCCAAGCUGUGCAGCCUUGGGGUUAUGAAGGACAUUUGCAAGUCACUCUGGUGCCACCGCAUGGGCCACAGAUGUGAAACCAAGUUCAUGCCUGCAGCCGAGGGGACCGCUUGUGGCUUGAGUAUGUGGUGUCGGCAAGGCCAGUGUGUAAAGCUUGGAGAACUCGGGCCCCGGCCCAUCCAUGGCCAGUGGUCUGCCUGGUCGAAGUGGUCAGAAUGUUCUCGCACGUGCGGCGGAGGAGUCAAGUUCCAGGAGAGACACUGUAGUAACCCCAAGCCUCAGUAUGGUGGCAAGUACUGUCCAGGAUCUAGCCGCAUCUACAAGCUGUGCAACGUUAACCCUUGUCAUGAGAAUAGCUUGGAUUUCCGUGCCCAGCAGUGUGCAGAGUAUAACAACAAGCCCUUCCGGGGAUGGUUGUACCGUUGGAAACCCUAUACAAAAGUGGAAGAGGAAGAUCGAUGUAAACUCUACUGCAAGGCGGAGAACUUCGAGUUUUUCUUUGCCAUGUCUGGCAAGGUGAAAGAUGGGACGCCUUGUUCCCCACACAGAAAUGACGUCUGCAUCGACGGGAUUUGUGAACCGGUGGGAUGUGACCAUGAACUUGGCUCUAAGGCAGUGUCUGAUGCAUGUGGUGUUUGCAAAGGCGAUAACUCAACUUGCAAGUUUUAUAAGGGCCUGUACCUCAGUCAGCACAAAGCAAACGAGUAUUACCCUGUGGUCACCAUCCCCGCUGGGGCCCGAAGCAUUGAGAUUCAGGAGUUGCAGCUUUCUUCCAGCUAUCUUGCUGUUCGAAGCCUCAGUCACAAGUAUUACCUCACAGGGGGCUGGAGCAUCGACUGGCCAGGGGACUUCACCUUCGCAGGGACCACGUUUGAAUACCAGCGUUCCUUUAACCGCCCUGAACGACUGUAUGCACCAGGACCCACGAAUGAGACGCUGGUCUUUGAAAUUCUGACACAAGGCAAGAAUCCGGGGAUCACUUGGAAGUAUGCACUUCCCAAGGUCGUGAAUGUAACUCAGCCAGCCACCAAGAGAUACCACCACACCUGGCGCACAGUACAGUCUGACUGCUCAGUCACCUGCGGUGGAGGUUACAUAAGCAUCAAGGCCAUUUGCUUGCGAGAUCAAAACACCCAAGUCAAUUCCUCAUUCUGCAGUGUAAGAACCAAGCCAGCAACAGAGCCCAAGAUAUGCAACGCUUUCUCCUGCCCAGCCUAUUGGUUGCCAGGGGAGUGGAGCACAUGCAGCAAGUCCUGUGCCGGCGGCCAGCAGAGCCGCAAGAUCCGGUGUGUGCAGAAGAAGCCCUUCCAGAAAGAGGAGGCGGUGCUGCAUUCCCUCUGUCCAGUGAGCACGCCUACUCAGGUUCAAGUCUGCAACAGCCAUGCCUGCCCUCCAGAGUGGAGCCCCAGCCCCUGGUCUCAGUGUUCCAAGACCUGUGGACGAGGAGUGAGGAGGCGUGAGGUCCUUUGUAAAAGCCCUGCAGCAGAGACACUUCCCGAGAGCCUGUGCUCCAGCAGCACCAGACCCGAGGCACAGGAGGGCUGUGUGCUGGGACGGUGCCCCAAAAACAACAGGCUCCAGUGGAUUGCCUCUGCAUGGAGUGAGUGUUCUGCAACCUGUGGCUUGGGUGUGAGGAAGAGAGAACUGAAGUGCGUCGAGAAGCUCUUGCAGGGGAAACUAGUAGCAUUCCCAGAGCGGAGAUGCCGCAACAUUAAGAAGCCAAGCCUGGAACUGGAAGAAACCUGCAACCAAAGGACUUGCCCAGUGUACAGCAUGGCGGUGGCGAGCUGGUAUUCAUCACCAUGGCAACAGUGCACAGUAACCUGCGGGGGAGGGGUCCAGACUCGCUCUGUCCACUGCAUGCAGCAAGGCCGGCCUUCCUCAAGCUGUCUGCUCCAACAGAAGCCCCUGGUGCUCAGAGCCUGUAACACCAACUUCUGUCCAGCUCCCGAAAAGAGAGAUGACCCAUCUUGUGUGGAUUUCUUCAGCUGGUGUCACCUGGUCCCUCAGCACGGAGUCUGCAACCACAAAUUUUAUGGAAAGCAGUGCUGUAGAUCAUGCACAAGGAAGAGCUGAUCUUGGGGUCUCUUCACCCUCCUCAGACCAAGACCUUACCCGUCCAUCUCUAGGUCUUCGUAUCAAGACUACAAACCACAGAGGAAAUCCCAUAGGGUUUAAAGAAUGGACAGAUAGCCACCGGCCUUCUUAGUUGACCCCUGGAAAACACAUGGUACUCUAAAGCACUUGACAAUGAGAAGCGAUGACAAAUCUAAC